AUGGGUCGAAGAGCCAAGAAAAAGCAAGGGGAACCUGAACCACUGUUGAUUUCAUCAAGGGCUAAUCCGCGGGCGCGAAAGUCACCCAAGGAAAAGGCUUCAGGUGAAAAGAAAAGAAAGUUGGGGGACAUAACAGACAUAACAACAGACGGUCAAGAAAUUGAAAGGAAAACCUCAAAAAAGGUCAAGGCCACCUCAGACGAAAAAGAUCUCGGAAAGAAGUUUGUAAAGAAACCGAAAAAUGAGGCAACUAAACUUUCCAACACGACCGAAUCCAACAUAAAGAGACAGAAGACUAAAAUUUCUAGUGGGAAUUAUGAUACAAAAAAUGGUUCCGAGAAUGGAUCAAAUACCAAGAUCCCUGAAACCUCAGGUAUAAUAAGACAUAUCGGUUUAUGCGCGGAUGACGAUUCGGACGAUGGUGAUUCGGAGGUCAGUGAAACGUGCCGCUUCCUAUUAGAUAGUAGCAUCUGGUCACAAUAUACGAAUGGUUUGAUUGGGGGUGCUCACUUACUUCUGUACCAAAAAUUAUACCUUGAUAUCGAAGAAAAAUCGCGCAUUUUGGAUGAGGAAAAAAGGAAGGAAGCAGAGUUGGCAGAUGACGAACUUCAAACAAACAUUGAACAAACGGAAAAAUUUACAUUGCCAGUUAAUCAAGACACCGAGGAAGGGCAGACGGUGACACCAGACUUGCAGGUUGUUAAUCAGCGCAUCCAAGAUAUUGUAGGCGUUCUUAAUAACUUCAAGAAGUUGGGCGAUGAGAAGCGUGGACGUUCGGCUUACGUGGAGCAGUUGAUAAAAGACAUGACAGUGUAUUACGGUUAUUCUGAAUUUCUUUUGGAAAAACUUUUUCAUUUGUUUUCAGUUUCCGAGGCCAUUGAAUUUUUUGAGGCCAAUGAAAUAUCCAGGCCGGUCACGAUUCGUGCCAAUACAUUGCGCACGCGUCGUCGAGAUCUGGCUCAGGCCCUUAUUAACAGAGGAGUUAGCCUCGAGCCAACUGGGAAAUGGACGAAAGUUGGGUUAACAGUGUUUAAUUCCUCAAUACCAAUAGGUGCCACACCGGAAUACCUUGCCGGGCACUACAUGUUACAGUCUGCAUCCUCAUUUUUACCCGUCAUAGCUUUGGCCCCGCAAGAGAAUGAAAAAAUUUUAGACAUGGCAUCUGCACCUGGUGGAAAGACCACCUAUAUAGCUGCAUUAAUGAAGAAUACUGGUAUAAUAUUUGCAAAUGAUUCGAACAAGGAACGAACGAAGGGUCUUGUAGCAAAUGUACAUCGGCUAGGGGUCAAGAAUGUAGUUGUAAGCAAUUAUGAUGGUCGUGAAUUUCCUUCUGUUACCGGUGGUUUUGACCGAGUUCUGUUGGACGCCCCUUGCAGCGGUACUGGUAUUAUUUCCAGAGAUCCUGCUGUUAAGAUCAGCAAGACCGAUAAGGAUUUCAAGAUUUUAUCUCACUUGCAAAAAGAACUUAUCUUGUCGGCAAUUGAUUCCGUGGAUGCCAGAUCUUCGACUGGAGGUUAUAUUGUAUAUUCCACUUGUUCUGUGACCGUGGAUGAAAAUGAGGAAGUGGUAAAUUAUGCCCUUAAAAAACGUCCUAAUGUGAAACUAGUACCCACCGGAUUGGAUUUUGGGCAAGAGGGAUUCACAAAAUAUCGUGGAAAGAAUUUUCAUUCCUCGUUAAAGCUGACGAAAAGAUAUUAUCCACAUGUACACAAUAUGGAUGGAUUUUUUGUCUCAAAGUUCAAAAAAUUUUCAAAUACCUUUUCGAAAAGCAAUGAUGACGAUAAAACCGAAAACGUGAACGACACUACCAAUGACAAGAAUGGUGGUGCGAAGGAGAUUGACAAGGGGACCUCCAAUGCGACCAAUAAGGCGCCUAAGGAUAAAAGCAUGAAGGCUAGACAAAAAAACAGUAAAGAAGGCGAAACAAAAAAAUUGUAA